AUGGCAUCUUGUAUUGAAGUCGGAGGCUCGUGGUCAACGAAUGAAGAUAUUGCGUUGUGUCAAUCUUGGGUGAACAUUAGUCAUGACCCUAUCACGGGUAAUGAAAUGAAGUUUCAUCACAUGUGGAGCAAAAUUCAUGGAGAAUUUUGUCAAAGAUCGGGUUCGAUUCGGACCGAAAUGGCGUUGUCUAGUAGAUGGAAACUUCUUAAUAAAGAGUUAGGGAAAUGGAGGAAUGCCUUGACAAAAGCAAAGGCGAACAUUCAAAACGGUCAAAAUUUGACCGAUGAGAUGGUACAAGCACAAAUGUGGUUCGGUGCCAUGGGGCAAGGCAAAAAAAGUUUCGUGCAUUUCCAAUGUUGGGAAAUUGUGAAGGAUUGUUCGAGGUUCAAAAUUAUUCCCAAGUAUCUGAAAAUGUUAUCUGACAUUUGA